AUGGGUGGGUUGACAGAUGACAGUCAGUGGAUAAACGGUACGGUACUGGAAAUUCCGUCGGAACGAUGCCCUGUGAUCUUGGAUCCUCUGACGAAGCUUAAUUUCCGAAUGCUUAUCGGUGAUAUCUUAAAGCUGUCACCGUCUACUAUAUCCAAUGGGUUAUUUCGUUUUGGUUCGAGAUGGGUUUCUUACGUGGAUGUCUGUGGCGUUAUUCGUCAAAUCGAUGUUCGCCAAAACUACUAUCUUGCACAAGUUGACGACGGCACAGGUCUAUUGAGCUGUACGAUUUGGCGAAAACGCGUUUCUCCGCACUUGUCAGGUCUGUUGUCCAAACAACAUUCUGCUGAAAGUGUUGCAUUGGGCCAAAAACUUCUCCAGUUGGCUAUUCGUUCCAUACCCGUUGUCCAACCCGUCGGUAAAGUCACGUCAAACCUUAGCAUCGGUGAUGCUGUCCAUCUCCGUGGCCGCUUGCAGCUUUUCCGUGAGGCUAUCAAUAUCUCUGCCAACUACUGUCGCGUGAUUGCAAAUCCACAAGAACUGCUUGACAGCCUUUUGCAAGCACACCAGCUCAAGUCUCAAGUCUACAGUCUCCCCUACAACGCGACGGAGGUAUUGGAUCACCUCAAAGCGGACCUGCAAAAGACCAUGGACAGAGGUCUGAUCCGGCGGAUUCAGUCUGUGAUUGAGAACGAUGGGUUAUUCCUGUUCACAGCACUGGAUCUCCAAUUGAAUACCGAGGUGACGCAUCAAAUUGAGGUUGAAAUUGCAGCUAUGGAAGAUGAGUUAUAUUGUGGACCAGAUUGGGAAAAUAUCCCUGAAAGAAAGGAAUUGAACACCAAAAAGUCCUCGCAAUCAGUUGAACUGAAACGUCGUGUGCAAACCAUAAUAGAGCAGUUUCUGAGGGAGGGAAGUAUCUUUCGUUCUGCCGAUCCCAUUGGCGGGAUGUCCGCCUAUCACUACACGCUCAAAAACAGGAGUCUGACGAAGCAGGUUUGUCAGAUCAUUUCCAUGGAACAGAGAGACCAUGAAAGAGGCGUUCCCUUCAAUGUUAUCCUGGAAAAACUGCGAUCAUUUUGUUCAUCUGAGAAUCCUCAACGUCCCUACAGGUGCAUGACCCACCAAGCGCUGGGAAAAGUGAUCAACACCUUGUUAGAAAGGAGUCGUAUUUAUAUUGUCAAUCCAAGCUGUUAUAAGCUGGCCUAG